GAUUGAUCGGUCUGUUGAUCUUGGCAUAGAGUCACUUGUACUUGGGAUGGCUCAUCGUGGACGUCUUAAUGUCUUGAGUAAUGUAGUCCGUAAACCAAAUGAGUCCAUUUUCAAUGAAUUCAGUGGAAUAGAGCCAUCAGAUGAAGGGACUGGUGAUGUGAAAUAUCAUUUGGGUAUGAAUUAUGACCGACCUACGCCUUCUGGCAAGCAUGUACAUCUUUCUUUAGCUGCAAAUCCAGCACAUUUGGAAGCAGUCGAUCCUGUUGUACUUGGCAAAACUCGUGCGCUUCAACACUAUGCAAAUGAUGAAAAGGAACAUCAUCGUUCAAUGGCUUUAUUAUUACAUGGUGAUGCUGCUUUUGCAGCUCAAGGUGUCGUGUAUGAAACAAUGGGUUUCCAUGAUCUGCCAAAUUAUACUACGGGUGGUACUGUUCAUUUAAUUGUCAACAACCAAAUUGGUUUCACUACAGACCCUCGAUUUGCUCAUUCAACUCCAUACUGCUCAGACGUGGCUAAGGUAGUAAAUGCUCCUAUCUUUCAUGUUAAUGGUGAUGACGUAGAAGCAGUAAAUUUUGUGUGCCAACUCGCCGCUGAAUGGAGACAGACAUUUAAAAAAGAUGUUGUCGUUGAUAUUGUUUGCUACCGCAAAUAUGGUCAUAAUGAAGUUGAUCAACCCAGUUUUACUCAACCUAGAAUGUACCAACAAAUAGCUAAACAAACACCAAUUCUUGAAAAAUAUGUACAAAAGUUAUUGAAAGAUGGCACUUUUACUAAGGAGGACAUUGAAAAGCAUAAGAAACGGGUUUGGAAUAUAUUAGAAGAAAACUAUCAAAAAAGCAAAGAUUAUGUACCAACAAGUCGUGAGUGGUUAUCUAGUUCUUGGAAUGGUUUUAAAUCACCAAAGGAGCUUGCCGAAGAAAUUACACCAGCAUAUCCAACUGGUUCAUCUUACGAGCUCCUUCAACAUGUUGGUGAGGUUAUUAGUUCAUAUCCAAAAGGUUUUAAUGUACAUUCGGGUUUAGUUAGAAUUCUUAAGGCUCGUGCUAAAGCUAUCAACGAAGGACAAGGAAUUGACUGGCCCACUGCCGAGGGACUUGCAAUUGGUUCAUUACUUCUUGAAGGUAAACAUGUUCGUUUAUCAGGUCAAGACGUUGAGCGAGGAACUUUUUCACAACGACAUGCAGUACUUCAUGAUCAAGUAAAUGAAACACAAUAUGUACCAUUAAACGAUUUAAGACCUAAUCAAGCUAAAUUUUCAGUUUGUAAUUCUUCUCUAUCGGAAUUUGGAAAUCUUGGUUUUGAAUAUGGAUAUUCUCUAGUAAACCCUAAUUCUCUAAUUUUGUGGGAAGGACAAUUUGGAGACUUUGGCAAUAAUUCUCAAUGUAUAAUUGACCAAUUCAUAGCUUCAGGUGAAAAAAAAAGGAUACAACGUACUGGAUUGGUUGUUUUAUUACCACAUGGUUAUGAUGGUCAAGGACCUGAACAUUCUAGUGGACGAUUGGAACGUUUCCUCCAAUUAUGUAAUGAUCAUCCAUAUGAAUGUAAUAUGCAAAUAAUAAAUGAAACAACUCCUGCAAAAUAUUUACAUGUUUUAAGAAGACAAAUUCAACGUGAUUUUAGGAAACCACUUAUUGCAUUAACGUCAAAGAGACUUCUUCGACAUCCAAUGGCACGUUCUUCUCUUGCUGAAAUGACUGGGGACACAACAUUUAAACGUUAUAUACCAGAUCCACAUCCUGAAACAUUAGCAUCACCUGAAAAAAUAACACGGCAUAUUUUAUGUUCUGGACAAGUUUACUAUGCCCUACUUAGAGCUCGUGAACAGAAUAAAAUGGAACAUGUUGCCAUUUCUAGAUUAGAACAAAUAUGCCCUUUUCCAUACGAUUUGUUAUCUCAACAUAUUGAUAAAUAUCCAAAUGCUGAACUUAUAUGGGCACAGGAAGAACCAUUGAAUGGAGGUGCAUGGACCUAUGUUGCACCAAGAAUUCGAACUUUAAUGAACCAUUCAAAACGUCAUGAAGGUAAAACUGCUAAACCUGCAACCCGUUUACCUUCAGCAUCUCCUGCUACCGGUAACAAAAAGCAACAUAUUCAAGAGGAACAUGAUUUGUUAUCUCAAGCAUUAAUUGGUCAGAUAAUUGAACCAAAAAAAGUUGUUUCUGGAGUACCGGUCUGGGAAUAAAA